AUGGCAACAGAGGAAGAACGGGACCGGCUCGGGGCCGACGACGUGGCCGCCGCGGCAGAUGCGGACGGCAAGAAGGCGGGCGAGGAGGCGGGCGAGGCAGCAGCCGGCAACGGCGACGGCGACGGCGACGGCGACGACGACGACGACGACGGCGCGGCGCCGACGACGCGGAGCGAGAUGCGCGCCUACUACCUCUACUACGUCGGGGCCAACGGGCUGGCCCUCUUCAACUUCGGCCCGUCGGCGCUGCAGAACCUGCUGGACCAGGCGGCGGCGGCGUCGGGCGGGCUGCUCGACUUCGCGGGCCGCCGGCGCGACGUCAACAGCAUCGUGCUGCUGGCCAACGGCACGUCGUUUGCGCUGCAGGCGGGCCUGAUGCUGGGCAUCGGCGCCUACGCCGACUUCGGCACGGGCCGGCGCUGGGUGCUGCUGCUGUGGUCGGCGGCGGCCUACGCCAUCGGGCUCGGCUGGCUGGCCGUCCACGAGCCCGGCCGGUGGCGCGCGGGCCUCGGCCUGUACAUUGCCGGCCUCAUCGCCUACCAGCUGACGUUGACGUACUGGACGGCCGCCUUCCCCGCGCUGGCCCGCAACACGCCGCGGCUCCGGGAGGCGCGCCGGGCCGUGCGGCGGGGCCGGCUGCCGCGCGCCGAGCUGGACCGCCGCGACGAGCUCGAGCGCAGCCGGCUCAGCAACGUGGCCUUUUGGCUGCAGUCGGUCGGCGAGGUGCUCAUGCUGGCCGUCAUCGUCGGCAUCAUGCACGGCGUCGGCGUCGACGGCAGCCCCGAGCGCAACAGCUGGGGGCUCUCGGUCCUCAUUGCCUUCGCCACGGCCUGCUGGCUGGGCCUCUCGCUGCCGUGGUUCGUGCUGGAGAAGAGCCGGCCGGGGCUCCGCGUGCCGCCGGGCCAGACGAUGCUGACGGCCGGCCUCUGGCAGCUGCGCGAGGCCCUGACGCACAUGUGGCGCCUCAAGCAGAGCCUCGUCUACCUCGUCGGCUACUUCCUGCUGGGCGACUCGCUCAACACGACUGUCACCGUCAUCGCCACGCUGCAGAACCAGGUCGUCAGAUACAACACGCUGACGCUGACGUACCUGCUGCUCGUCGGCAUCGGCGCCCAGGCCGUCGGCAUCGGCGCCUUCUGGCUGGUCCAGCGCCGCUUCGCCAUCGGCGCCAAAGCCAUGUUCAACGCCGUCAUGGUCGCCAUUGUCCUGCUCGACGGCUGGGGCAUGGUGGGCAACUGGACCGGCCGCUUCGGCUUCCACAACCCGUGGGAGAUCUGGCUCUACCAGGCCUUCUACGGCCUGUGCGUGUGUCCGUGGUACAGCUACUCGCAGAUCAUCAUCAGCUCCGUCACCCCGCGCGGCCACGAGUUCCUCUUCUUCUCCGUCUUCAACAUUGCCGGCAAGGCCUCGAGCUUUAUCGGGCCCUUUAUCAGCAGCGCCAUCAUCGACGCCUCGCCCGGCGGCCGCAACAACAGCGCCCCCUUUUACUUUCUCUUUGCCCUGAGCCUCGCCAGCGCCGCCUUCCUCUGGACCUUUCUCGACCUGGACCGCAGCGCUCGCGAGCAGGAGGCCUUUCUGGCCGAGGAGCGGCGUCGCCUCCGACCGGCCUCCGACGUGGUGGAAGUGGACGCGGGCGACGAGGGGCGUCAUCGGCCGAUGCCUUGA